AAUUCAAAACUUCCUGAUACAGAGUUGAUUUAAAAGUCGCUUGCAACGUAGUUACGCACAAUACAUGAUGGAGAGGAUCUGGUAUACGUGUGUAUUUCUUGCAUUGAUUACGGCGCAAUAUAUUGUUUAUUGCUGCAAUGACAAUGUCCGAGUUCUCAAUGAUCUAGCAUUUAGGAGUUCUGAGACUCAAUCCAAUUUUUGGAGUGGAGGAAACGACAUAGUCAUAAAUGAUGCGGACCUGGUAUCUGGGUGGUAUAGUGCAACGUUAAAUGGCUGGCAAUACCUCAUGACAGACGUUUCUAACAAACCUUAUUACUUAAGAUGUUCUACAUACUGGCCUAUCUAUUUGAAAGAUAAUCAUACAUCAAUAGACGACCUUACAGAGGAACCAGUUGACGUUACCGCCUGUGUCCGUGAUGAUAUUAACCCGUGUAGUACAAGAUAUACAAUUCAAAUUAGAAAAUGCAUUGGAGAAAUCCAGUAUAAAUUGAAACCAAGUGAAUGGUUCAGCGCCUAUUGUUUUGAAAAACAUACAUUACUCAAUCGAUCGACACCGUCCCCUGCCCCAGAAAAUGUUGACUUUGGACGAAUAACUGUCAAACCAGAGUUGGAAUUUAAAUCGAUUUUGUUGGGACCAGUUAUGACACAAAAUAUACCAUACUUGAACUUUCGUUGUCUUUUCAAUAAAAGAAACGACCUGUUCUACACAGUUCAGUGGUAUAUAGAUGAAACUGCCUUAGAUAAAACAAUGGGCCCGAGUAAAGAUAUGGCUGAUCUUGUCUUGAAUGAAGAUGAUCUGUCAUCAAGAAACAUAACUAUGGGAAUUUACGUAAGAUGUGGAGUCAGAGCUUCGAUUAGUGAAAAUGGUAUGCUAACACCUAUGAACAGGAGUGAAAAAUUUUACGCAGGAAUAAAGAUUUCGCAGACAAAUGUUUAUCUUGAUAAAGGAAGUUCAGCAGUGGUGCAAAUGUUGUCAACAGUUCCAAUUGGUUGUAAGUACUUUAAAGGAACAAACACAUCAUUAGUUUGUAAGGCAGAAAUGAAGCUUUUCGUUGAUGAUGGUGACCCGUUGCAAUGUGAAAAGGGAUCGAUAUUAAAUAAAGUUGAUGAGGAUGAUGACAAUGGGAACGAAGUUGUAAAUCAACAUUGUGCACAAUAUAUAAAGACCUUAGCCAAGGAAGAUACAUGGGACCCUUCUUAUAAGUUCAACUUCACCAUAGUGACGUCAGAUAUCAAUUAUGAUGAUAAACGAAAAUUCAUCCUUAAGCUUCAGUUUGGUAAAACAAUGAGUCAAACAAUUUGGAAAGACUACUUCUUCCCAGAAGUAGAGGUGUUUGUUCAGAAUACAGACACCUACCAACAGAAGGUUUGCAAGUCCAGGAACGACCCACAUAUGACAACUGGCGACGGAUACCGUUAUGAAAAUCACGUCACGGGAACAUACAUGUUGUAUUUUAAUAAGGAAUACAAUAUUGAAGUACAACAAACAAUCAAACAAUGUGACUAUGGAUGGGAAAUUGCGAAAUGUACAUGUGCGGUUGGAAUAAAAGCCGGUCAAGACGUUUUUAUGAUAAAUCGAUGUGGAAGCCCAACAUUGUUUGCGUUUACUCAAUGUGGGGAUGGAGGCAUUUUAGAUGUACAACGAGUUAACGAUUUGUUAUAUAGG